AUGAGCAACCUCCACCUCUACACCUCCGCACGCUUCCGAAAUUUCCCGACGGCCUUCUCCCGUCGCAACCAUAACAAUAACGACCUCCAAAACCAACGCGGCCGAUCCAUUUUCUCCGAGCUCGGUGACAGAACCCUCGACCCAAGCGGUGACCUAAUCACGAGAUGGAACCACAUCUUCCUCAUCACCUGCCUCCUCGCUCUCUUCCUUGACCCUCUCUACUUUUAUCUCCCUAUUGUCCAGGCCGGAACAGCCUGUAUGUCUAUCGACAUCGGUUUCGGCAUCCUCGUCACCUUUUGCCGUACCUUAGCCGAUCUCUCCUUCCUCAUUCAUAUCCUUCUUAAAUUUAAAACCGCUUUUGUCUCCAAAUCGUCUCGAGUCUUUGGUCGCGGGGAGCUUGUCAUGGACCGCCGUGAAAUCGCCAUCCGUUACCUUAAAUCCGAGUUCAUUAUUGACCUCACUGCCUCGCUUCCUCUUCCUCAGAUAAUGAUUUGGUUUGUGAUCCCAAAUGCUGGAGAAUUCAAAUACGCAGCACAUCAGAACCACACACUUUCCUUGAUCGUCCUGAUACAGUACGUGCCUCGCAUUCUCGUCAUGCUUCCCCUUAACCGUCGGAUCAUUAAAGCCACUGGAGUUGCAGCCAAAACAGCCUGGUCCGGUGCAGCCUACAAUCUCGUACUAUACUUACUUGUGAGCCACGUUCUUGGUUCUGUUUGGUACGUUUUAUCGAUCCAGAGACAGCACGAAUGCUGGAGAAGAGAAUGCAUUAAGGAGAUGAACGCAACGCAUUCGCCGUCUUGUACGCUCCUGUUUCUAGACUGUGGAUCGUUGCGGGAUCCAGGUAGACAAGCUUGGAUGCGCAUCACUCGGAGUCUUGCAGCGAGUACAUUGAGUAGUGAGACUUUAUUCAGUUGUUUCAUCUGUGUUGCGGGUCUUGUUUUCUUCUCUCAUCUCAUUGGUAAUGUUCAGAACUAUCUGCAAUCAACAACGGCUAGGUUAGACGAAUGGAGAGUGAGAAGAAGAGAUACAGAGGAAUGGAUGCGGCACAGACAAUUGCCACAAGAGUUACAAGAACGUGUGAGGCGGUUUGUCCAAUACAAAUGGUUAACCACUCGUGGAGUCGAUGAAGAAGCCAUCCUCCGUGCUCUUCCAUUAGAUCUUCGUAGACAGAUCCAACGGCAUCUCUGUCUCGCUCUAGUUCGCCGUGUGCCAUUCUUUGCACAGAUGGACGACCAGCUCAUAGACGCAAUAUGCGAGCGUUUAGUUCCAUCUUUGAACACUAAAGAUACAUAUGUGACACGAGAAGGCGAUCCUGUAAACGAGAUGCUAUUCAUCAUUAGAGGUCAGAUGGAGAGUUCGACUACAGAUGGUGGACGGUCAGGAUUCUUUAACUCAAUCACGCUUAGACCAGGAGAUUUCUGUGGUGAAGAGCUAUUAACUUGGGCUUUAAUGCCAAACAUUAACCUGAAUCUCCCCUUGUCCACGAGAACCGUGAGAACUCUCUCUGAAGUAGAAGCUUUCGCUCUCAGAGCAGAGGACUUAAAGUUCGUAGCUAAUCAAUUCAGACGCCUUCACAGCAAGAAACUCCAACAUGCUUUCAGAUACUAUUCUCAUCAAUGGAGGGCUUGGGGAACUGGUUUUAUACAAGCGGCAUGGAGACGAUACAUGAAGAGGAAGUUAGCUAUGGAGUUAGCUAGGCAAGAGGAAGGAGACGAAUACUAUUAUGAUGAUGACGAUGAUGAUGGAGGAUAUCAAUAUGGAGAGGACAUGCCUGAAAGUAGUAACAACGCAGACGACAACAGCAGCAAUAACCAGAAUUUGAGUGCCACGAUAUUAGCGUCUAAGUUUGCAGCUAAUACGAAGAGAGGUGUUUUAGGGAACCAAAGAGGGUCUUCCAGAAUUGAUCCUGAUGAUCCAACUUUGAAGAUGCCUAAAAUGUUUAAGCCAGAGGAUCCAGGAUUCUUCUGA